GGAGUGGAGCCCGCCACCGCCUCGGGGACGGUCGGGCAUCUGCCCGCGCGGCCGGCGGGGCGGCGGGGCGGCCGCGAGCCCGGGGGCCGGCGGGCGGAGCGCAGCCGAGCGUGCGGACAUGGGCCGGCGGCCGCCCCAGGGCUGCGGGCUCCGCGCCCUCCCCGCGCCGCUGCCGCUGCCGCUGCUGCUGCUGCUGCUGCUCCGGCCGCCGGCGACGCCCGGUGUCACGUGCCCUCCUCCCACAUCUGUGGAACAUGCAGACAUCCGGGUCAAGAGUUACAAACUGAACUCCACCGAGCGGUAUACCUGUAACACUGGCUUUAAGCGGAAAGCCGGGACGUCCACCCUGACAGAGUGCGUGCUUAACAAGACCACGAACACUGCCCACUGGACAAUUCCCAAUCUCAAGUGCAUCACCAGUUCUGAAGCAAGUCUCCACCCUCAGGCUCAUAAAUGCCAUGUGGUUAUGCUCUCUCUAGGAGACCCCUCCCUGACUCAUCUAAAGCCAUCCUCUACAGAAAUGCCGGCAGGGGUGACCCCAGAGCCAGAGAGCACCUCCCUUUCUGGAAAAGAGCCAGCUUUCACUUCCAAGUCAGACAGCACAGUGGCCACAAAGGCAGCUACUGAGCCAGGCUCCAGGCUGAUACCAUCAAAGCCUCCGGCUGCGGGAACCACAGGGGUAAUCAAUAAUGAACCCUCCCGAGCCCCAGCUCAGACAACAGCAAAGGCCUUGGAACACACCCCCUCUGCCUCGCAGGAGACGCCAGCCUCCUUGCUCUGCUCUCUAACCUCUGUGCUCUGCCUUGGCUCGGUCAGCUGGAAAAGAAAGUCCGUCUCCCAGAGGUACCUAUUCAUACAGUUCCGGAACUGUGACUGCGGCCAUCGUCAUGCCUGUCGCUGUGCUCUGUGUAGUAUGUGUGGGACUUCUGGUGUGUUACAAAAGAUCCAGGCAAACUUCGCAGAUACGCACUGUUGCAAUGGAGAACAUGGAAGAGAUACCAAUGACUGGGGGAACCAACGGCAGAGACGAGGAUGCAGAAAACCAAGCAUACAACCUAGGAAAUUCCAGGGGGAAGCUGAGGGCAGCCAAGGCUGAAGCAAGGAUGCCAACUCUUCCCUAGCCGAAGAGGUCCAAGGAAAGACUCAGGUGUUGGGUGCCAGCAAAGAGCCCGUCAGGAUGAUAAAACAAA